AUGUCUGAGGAACAAUGUAUAGAACGUGAAGAUCGAUUUGAUAUUGAUGAAACUGUUUAUAGAAAUUUCAAUAUCAAAAAUAAAAUAAAUAUAUGGCACGAUAUAUUUAAUUGUUCCCAAGCUCAAGUUGGGGAUACGUUAUUGAUACUGAAUCAACGAAUUGAUACACCAUUUGUAGUGUUUAAACGACUUUGGGAGGCACGUCCAAUCCAUGUAUGUGCCGAUGGUGCAACUAAUAGAUUAUAUGAAUACCUUCAAGAGCAGCAAAAAUUUCAUGAAUUAAGUGGUGAUGUUAUUCGAGAAAAAUAUCUACCUGACUUCAUUGUAGGCGAUUUAGAUUCCAUCACAGAUGAUGUAAGACAAUACUAUUCUGAGCGUGGUGUAGUAAUCCUUGAACAACAUAGUCAAUAUGCAACAGAUUUCACGAAAUGUCUAAAAUUGAUUCUAUUGAAUGCCAAUUCCAAAACAUUUAACAAUUUUUUACAAAAUAAAAAACAAGAAGAAAAUCUGGGGAUUGAUUCCAGUCAUGGAUUACUUGAUAUGUGUGAUGACUUAAGACAACAUCAUACUGUUUUACCUCACAGGGUUAACGUGUUAGCUUUGGGGGCCAUUGGUGGUCGAUUUGAUCAAACUAUCAAUUCUAUUACUGAGCUAUACAAUGCAAGGAGAGAUAACCCUGAAAUGACUUUGACUUUUUUAACAGACACAGAUAUUAUCAUGUUAGUGGCUAGUGGGGGCACAUCUAUCGAAUACAGUAAUCCACCAUUAUUACCAACAAAUAAAGUAUUUAGAGACUAUGUAUUGGGUAAUUGUGGGUUAUUACCAAUUGGUGAAGAAGUUAUUGUGUCCCAAACAUAUGGUUUAAAAUGGGAUGUAAUAAACUGGCCGUCAAGUAUCCGUAGUGGUCGCGUAAGUUCGAAUAAUCGAUUUGCAUCCAGAGAUAAAUGUUACAUUGAGAGUGAUAGAGAUAUUGUGAUGAAUAUCGAAUACUACCCAGAUAAGUUGGCAGAAUAUGUAUCUAUGUAA